GAUGUUUAUUUAUAACUUCUUUCAGACUACAUGACUUUAAUCCAACCCAAUCUCAUCUAAGAUACACAUUUGCUCGCCAAAAAACAAUGGAGGGUAAAGAAAAGAAGAGCAGCAAAAUAGACAAAGAAGCCAAUAAUCUAGAGUUAUGGCCGGAUCUUCCCCAACAGCUUAUCCAUCUGAUAGCAAGAAAUUCAUCUCUACUGGAACAUAUUUGUUCUAAAGGUGUGACAAAGUCAUGGCGAGCACAAGCAAGCAAGUGCAGGUCAAAUCCUGCAACACCAUGGCUUGAACUAUCAGGUAAUCGUGAGAGUGAUCAUAAUAGGCAGUCUCACGUCUUUCACUUGCCAAUUAGAAGGGGCUUUAUCUGGUACUGGAGGAGACAUAAGCCUACACCUCCAGUAUACAAUAUUAUUGGAUGCUCACAUGGUCUAAUAGUGGCGAAAGGAGCUUCAGCUUCAGAUUACAAUUUGUGGGAUCCUGUAAUUGAUGGAUAUUGGUGUAUUCCGAGAUGGGAUGCUGGUAUUCCAUUUAUACGCGCUGCUUUGUCCUCACCGCUGCCUUGGAUAAGUCGUCAUAAGAAUAAAAAUAAAUGUACUGUCAUGGUUUUGACAGGUGUUGCGCAUCCUGCUUUUGCCUAUUAUAGAAUAUGGGAAGGAGGAGAAUGGAUAAGAAAGGAUAGCAACAUUGUUGAUCCCAAUUGUUCUGACCCGAAUAGACGUGACCAUCUUUUGCAAUUGACUAAUGGUAUCUGGUGCAAGGAAAAGUUCUACGCUUUGAGUGCACAGGGAACUCUGGUAGUGAUAGAAGACAUUGAUUUUGAUCUCAGAAUCACAGCUUUGGGUAAGAAAAGAGCUGUCCCCUCUGUUUCGUCCAUGCAUUUCAAAGAGUUCUUGGUUGAAUCAGAAGGGAUGGUUUUGCUAGUUUUUCUUAUCUCAAGAAAUUCUAUUAACACGGUUGAUUAUGUGGAAGUUUAUCAGCUUAAUACUGCUAAACUCGGAUGGAUUAAGAAGGAGAGCCUGGGAGAAAGAACAUUAUUUCUGGGUUCUAAUUGUUGUAUGUCUGUCUCUGCAAGCAAAGUUGGAUGCAGGGGAAAUUGUGUUUAUUUUAGUCGUGGGAGUACUCAGGGUUGGUGGGUUUAUGAAAUGGACACAUGCACCAUUACUAGCAUCAAUGCUUCAAACUUAUCUGCAGUUUGGGUUGAACCAACAGUAGAGGAUUAGGUUGUGUGUCAGAAAAUUCUAAACUUGUGAAUUAUGAUGUUACUCUGUAUUGUAAGUGUAUGAUUUGGAAUCAGAACACAUUUGAUUUAAUAAUUAAUCCUACACAUUUGGACCAA